CAUUUUACAGGCGUCUCUUUUUGAGCGAUAACAAAAUUAUUGAUGUCGGCAGAGGAACUUUUGGCUCUAUCGGAAAAAUCGGUACAAUUGAUUUAGCUAGGAACUUUUUAAAGAAAGUUGAUUUUCAAAUGUUUUCUCAACUCAAUUAUGUCGAGUUAAUUGAUUUGGCUGAAAAUAAUAUAACAGUGGUUGAAAAGCAUUCCUUUAAGGACAUAUACCAAGCGACUAUUAAUAUUUCACACAACUCUUUGGAAAAAAUAGAACAGUACGCAUUUGAGAAUUGCGUAAACAUCACAGUUUUGGACUUGUCGUUCAAUAGACUAGCAAACUUUUCGCGCAAUGCAUUUGAUAUUACGACUUUCGCUACCGAUUUUCAGUUGAGCUACAAUUUUCUCACAAAUUUAGCGCAGAUACCCUUUCAAAAUAUGACGGGAAUCAAAGUUAUAAAUGCGUCGCACAACUACAUAGCAGAGGUGCCAAAGAACUGUUUUCCAAAGCUAUACGAAUUACACACUAUUGAUAUUUCGCACAACAACAUUUCGCUGAUUGCCAAUGGCGUCUUUCAGACACUCUUUUCCCUACGCUUUUUAAAUCUUAGCCAUAAUAGUCUAACCGAAAUUAAGUCCUCAGUUUUUGGUACACUCCCCACUUUGCUCGAUAUGAAUCUCAGUCAUAAUAAGUUGACAUCUAUUGUGCGAGGAGCACUGGCUAAACUUACAAGUCUACGUUUUUUGGAUCUCAGCAAUAAUCAGUUAGGAAAGCUAUUUCAAAUUCCAAUUUCCCUAAAUGACUUGAAUUUAGAAAGGAAUCACUUAACAGGAAUACCAGCAGGUACAUGGCCGGUUAUGAAUUCGUUGCUGUUCCUAAACCUAAAUGACAAUCAAAUUGGAGAUUCCUUAACUGCACAAAGCUUCACAGGUCUGCUGGUGCUGCAAAAAUUGUACCUUAACAAAAAUAACAUCAGUCAGCCACCCAUCGAAUGCCUGGCCGGUAUGUCAACACUUCAGUAUUUGCACCUUGAGGAAAACAACCUAACAAGUUUGGAGAAAAGUGCUUUUGGAAAAUUACCAGUACUUUUUGAACUCAAUUUGCACCAUAAUGGUGUUAAUGAUAUAAGGUUAGUACAUGAGCCGUUUAUUUUGAAAGUGGCAUAAGUGACCUUUUCCAAAAAAAAACGAGUUAAUGAUAACACCAAUUAGAAUUUAACGGUAUCUGUUAAUUAAAAAAAAAUGUGCACUCAAAUGUUGAGAACUACUGAGGUCUUGUUCGUGAA